CACACACACACACACACACACACUGCUGAGAGGGAGAAACGCGUCAGGUCGCGGCAUCAGCUCUCACAAACUCUUUAAACUUUAAACGCUUGGCCCUCGCGGAGGAGCGGAACCCUUGACGCCGCCCUGAUCCGUGAAGAGCUCUCUGCUCCAUCUUCAGCUGCCUGAGACGUGAACCCCAGAAAGACUCUUAAUGAAUCAGUUUUCGCCGCUCGAUGCCAUGGCGUUCAAAGGAAACAUCACGCUGCCGAAGAUCCCCGAGUCUAACAUGGCUCUGAGCGUGUUAGGCGUGUUUCUGGGAUUGCUUCUGGAAGUUUCCACACACGGACCCUCCAGCGUUCCCAGAAGCUCAUGGAGGCACGACGAUGUGGAUCUGCUGGAGUUCUGGGAGCCGGAUGUGUUCAACUACACGACUCUCCUGCUGAGCGAGGAGCGCGGCGUGCUGUACGUCGGCGCUCGAGAGGCCGUCUAUGAGCUCAACAUGAGCAACGUGUCAAUCAAGAGUAACCAGCUGCUGUGGAAAGUUCCAGAGAGCGACAUGUCGAUGUGUAUUUUAAAGGGGAAAUCUAAAGAGACGGACUGUCGGAACUACAUUCGAGUUUUGCAAGUGCUGGAUGAAGACAGUCUGUAUGUUUGCGGGACUCACGCCUUUCAACCUCUCUGUGAUUAUCUGUCGCUGCAGGGUUUCCGUUUGCAGGACAGAGCAGAGGACGGCAGGGGGAAAUGUUCCUUCGACCCGGCCCAGAGCUUCACCACUGUGAUGGUUGAUGGCGAGUUGUACUCGGGAACGGCGUAUAACUUCCUGGGCAGCGAGCCGAUCAUCUCCAGAUCUUCUCUGUCUCAGAGUUUGCUGCGCACAGAGUAUUCAACGUCCUGGCUCAACGAGCCCAGUUUCGUCUUCGCCGAUGUGAUCCGAGAAGGACAGAACAGUCCGGAUGGAGAUGACGAUAAGAUCUACUACUUCUUCACGGAGGUGUCGGUGGAGUACGAGUUCUUCGGGAAGCUGCUGAUCCCCAGAAUCGCUCGCGUUUGUAAGGGGGAUCUGGGAGGCCAGCGGACGCUGCAGAAGAAGUGGACGUCGUUUCUGAAGGCUAAGCUGGUUUGCUCAAUGCCGGAGCUCAACUUUGUCUUCAAUGUGGUUCAUGACGUGUUUAUUCUGAAAGCGCCGCACUGGAGAGACACCAUCAUCUAUGGGGUCUUCACAUCUCAGUGGGGGAAUGUCGGUCUGUCCGCCGUCUGUGCGUAUAACAUGAGCUCAGUGCACGAGGUUUUCUCCAAAGGGAAGUUCAUGCAGAAGGCCACGGUGGAACAGUCCCACACCAAGUGGGUUCGAUUUAAUGGCAUCACCCCGAGUCCCAGACCCGGAGCGUGCAUCAACAGCCUGAACCGCAUGCAGAACAUCAACUCGUCCCUCCAGCUGCCCGAUAAGACGCUGCAGUUUGUGAAGGACCAUCCGCUGCUGGAGGACCCUGUGCUGCCCAUCGGAAACGGCCCGCGCCUCAUCACCAAAGACGUCAACUACACGCAGAUCGCAGUCCAGAGAGUGCAGGCGCUCGAUGGAAACAUCUAUGACGUCAUUUUCACCGGCACCGAUAAAGGUUUGCUGCAUAAAUCGCUGGUGUUGGAGGGCGAGGUUCACACGGUGGAGGAAAUCCAGCUGCUGAAGAACGCAGAGCCAAUUAAAACACUUCUACUCUCCUCACAAGUGGCGCGGUUCCUGUACGCUGGUUCGGACUCGGGUGUGGUUCAGUCUCCCACAGCGUUCUGUGAGAAGUACCUGUCCUGUGUGGACUGUGUUCUGGCGCGGGACCCCUACUGCGCCUGGGACCGGCGCUCGGCCUCCUGCGUGAAUAUUUUCCAGCAUGAUGCUGAUCCAAGGAAGUUGUUUCAGAGCCUCAAAGGGGAUGCUGGGAUAUGUCCUCCAGUCUCUCGUCUGACGGUGGGCGACUCUCAGCAGGUGCUGGUGAAGCCGGGUGCUUCUGCCGAUCUGCCGUGUCCGGUGCGCUCAAACCUGGCUCAGGUGUUGUGGAAGCUCAACGGCCGCGUCCUGACUGAAGCCUCGCGCUUCCUCCUGCUGAGCGAGAACGGACUGCUGAUCUACAGCGUGAUGCCGGAGGACGCCGGCCGCUACGAGUGCUGGUCCGUCGAAGCGUCCGCGGGAAAGAACUUCACCCGUCUGGUGGCGGCAUACAUGCUUCGACUGGAGCUUCCCGAGAGCGUGCCGUCUAUAGCUGCUCAGCGUCCGUCCAGCGCCGCGUCCACGGUCACACCGGCGGAAGGUAAUGACGGUAACGGCUCCGGACUAACACCGGCUCGUACGGACGCGCCCUCACUAACAACCCCUCCCAGCAGUGCCAUUAAACCCAAAUCCUACAUCCCUCUGGAGGUCAGCAACUUACCGGCACGAACCGAGACGCUCGAUCCCUCGGCUAAAUACAUUCAGCACAACAGCAGCGUCGCCCUGCUGUCGCUCUUCCUGCUUUUCUUCCUGCUCUUCCUCGCCGCUCUGGUGUACAACUGUUACAUGCAGUACCUGCCGGCGCCGUGUCUCCGUCUGCGAUCCGCGCUGCUCGGCUCCAACAAAAAGCCGCAGCCAGAGUACGCAGCCUGCGAGGCCGGCCUGAUGGACCCGGUGCAGGAGAAGACGGAUCAGAACGGAGCGCAUCCGCUGCGCACGCUCAGAGACACCGGAUACGAGACGGAACCGGAAUGCGGGAACGGCGGAGUUCCAUCCGGCAGCGACGAGGACGCCGACGAUAGUCCCGUGAAAGAGCGGCCCUUCGACGUAGACUGCACAUCGCAGCCGAUUGAAUAUGCAGACGCCGAUGCGCCGUUCUGAUGCUGCGUUUUUCACUCGCAGAAUCGCCGCAGCUCUGCAAGAAUCCAAAUAAGAUUCCAAAUUGGAAACAUUGUUUACCAAAUUGGUACGUUUCGGGAUGUUUUCCAAGUUGGAGCACCGGACUGUAUUUGAGUAUUUUUGUGGCUUUUAAUGUUCACCCUCAGAUCGCACUGCAGAAACUGAUUUCUGACUCAGUAUUUCUGUCUUGUUUUCAGUACAAAUAUCUAAACAUUGUU